AUGUCCUCCUUCUCCUCCUCCUCUUCGUUUCCUUCGAGCGAGGACGCUCAAAAUCAUCAUCCUCCCAGCGAACAAGAAUUCGCUUUUGACGGAGACGACGGCAACGUCCUCGACGCGAUUCUACAUCGCGUCGACUUCAUCUGGGAAAGAACGAGAGCAAAAGUCGAGGACGUUUACCACCACCCGGAGCUACUCGUUCUCGUCCUCUUUUCACUCGUCCUGGCGCAUUUUAUCGCCGGUAGAAUCUUCUUCAACAAAGGAAAAGAAAGAAAGAUUGGGAGUAAGAACAGCAAGAAACGAGAUUCGAUCGUUUUGUGCGGCCAAGACGGCGCCGGGUCGACGUCGGCGUAUUUACUUUUGAAGAACAAAAGUUUAGGGCUCGGGACGGUGACGAGCUCGAUAGAGAACGAGAGCGAGGUGGAGAUUUGCGUUUCUUCUUCUGAUCGUGAUGCGAAAGAGAAAAGGGUGAAAGUGAACGUCGUCGACGUACCCGGCCACGCGAAAAUCCGGAACCGCUUUUACGAGCGGUUCUUGCCUCGAGCGAAAGGGAUCGUGUUCUUCGUGGACGGCGUGGAGUUUUCGACGAAUAAAAGAGACGUCGCGGACCAUUUAUACAACGAAAUCUUGAUCGAUUACGAUAACGUCCGGCGCAAACGGAUUCCGAUUUUAAUCGCGUGUAACAAGACGGACAAGGAAGCGUGUUCGCCGGCAACCUUCGUCAAAAAACGUUUGGAAUCCGAAAUCGAAAUGAUACGAACCACGCGCGAUGUCAUGCUUAAAGACGCGCAAUUCGACGACGGCAGUCGCAAAGCGAAAAAACGCGCCAAAGAGAUUGAAAAGAAACGCGAGAGAGAGGUUACCGGGUUAGGAUGGAAAGACGAGUGGGGUAAGUUUUCCUUCGACAAAGCCGCCGAGAUGAAAACGCACGGCCGGUUUCUCUUUUGCGCGUGCUCUUGCGUCGGCGAAGACCGGGAGUGGAAACUCAAGAAAGAAGCGGAGGAAAAAGGUGAUGAUGGUAGUGAUAACAACGGUGACACUAAUAACAGUAGCGGCGGUGACAAAACUAGUAAUAGCGGGGGUAGUAGAAACUUGAGCGCGGUGAAAGCCUUCGCGGCUGAGCACGCGGGACGUUAA